UGCUUAGUAAACACUUUAUCAGGGAAGCCUGGAUUUUGGUGUUGUCUUUGUUUCCAGCUUACUGUGUGACUCAUGGCAAGACUUUCCUCACUCUGGGUCUCAGUUUCCUCAACUCUGAGGCAAAGAAGUUGGAGUAGAAAUGGUUUUUGAGGAUUGUUCCACCUCCAAGUCUGUGGUCCUGAUUCUGGGCCAGGGGGACACUGGGCAGCAUUAGCAAGGCAGUUGUCCUUUCUCUGCUGCAUUUGACUGUUUGGCUGGAAGCCUCUGGAUGUCCAGUGGGCAUGGGCAGGAGUGGUGUGUAUCUGUUGUGUUGGGGUGCCCAGCUCCCACCCCCAGUCCUCAUCCCACAGAGCCAUUUGUGCCCCCCUGGAAUCUCCUUUUCCCCUGAUCCAGAAUACAGGUCAGGGAGAGGCAGGUGGUGAGGUCAGGAUGGUGGGGCGUGCAGGGUGCUGAUGAAGUCUUGCUCAUCCCCCCACCCCAGCACCUAGCAUGGUGUCUGGCACAUCGCAGGCAUUCUUCAAGUGUCUGGAUGCUUCUCAGGACCCCAGCUGACUCUUUGGGGCUACCCCACACCCCGACCCUAUGAUGCAUGGCGUGGCAUUUUCAGUUUGGGACCUGUAGCAGCCCAGACCCCGGCUGGGCCUCCAUCAGCAGGGGUGUGCUGGUGUGUGACGAGUGCUGCAGUGUGCACCGGAGCCUGGGACGCCACAUCUCCAUCGUCAAGCACCUUCGCCACAGCGCCUGGCCCCCCACUCUGCUGCAGAUGGUGCACACACUCGCCAGCAACGGGGCCAACUCCAUCUGGGAGCAUUCCCUGCUGGACCCCGCGCAGGUGCAGAGCGGCCGGCGCAAAGCCAACCCCCAAGACAAAGUCCACCCCAUCAAGUCAGAGUUCAUCAGAGCCAAGUACCAGAUGCUGGCUUUUGUGCACAAGCUGCCCUGCCGGGACGACGACGGAGUCACCGCCAAGGACCUCAGCAAGCAACUCCACUCGAGCGUGCGGACGGGAAACCUGGAGACGUGUCUGCGCCUGCUGUCCCUGGGUGCCCAGGCCAACUUCUUCCACCCAGAGAAGGGCACCACACCGCUGCAUGUGGCUGCCAAGGCAGGGCAGACGCUGCAGGCCGAGCUUCUCGUAGUGUACGGGGCUGACCCUGGCUCCCCUGAUGUUAACGGCCGCACACCCAUUGACUAUGCCAGGCAGGCGGGGCACCAUGAGCUGGCGGAAAGGCUAGUCGAGUGCCAGUAUGAGCUCACUGACCGGUUGGCCUUCUACCUCUGUGGACGCAAGCCGGAUCACAGGAAUGGGCAUUACAUCAUCCCACAGAUGGCAGACAGAUCUCGGCAAAAGUGCAUGUCUCAGAGCCUAGACCUGUCCGAGUUGGCCAAAGCUGCCAAGAAGAAGCUGCAGGCGCUCAGCAACCGGCUUUUUGAGGAACUUGCCAUGGACGUGUAUGACGAGGUGGAUCGAAGAGAAAAUGACGCUGUGUGGCUGGCAACCCAAAACCACAGCACCCUGGUGACGGAGCGCAGUGCCGUACCCUUCCUGCCCGUUAACCCUGAAUACUCAGCCACGCGGAAUCAGGGGCGACAGAAGUUGGCCCGCUUUAAUGCCCGAGAGUUUGCCACCUUGAUCAUCGACAUUCUCAGUGAGGCCAAGCGGAGACAGCAGGGCAAGAGCCUGAGCAGCCCCACAGACAACCUCGAGCUGUCUGUGCGGAGCCAGAGUGACCUGGACGACCAGCACGACUACGACAGCGUGGCCUCGGACGAGGACACAGACCAGGAGCCCCUGCGCAGCGCCGGUGCCACUCGGAACAACCGUGCUCGGAGCAUGGACUCCUCAGACCUGUCGGACGGGGCCGUGACGCUGCAGGAGUACCUGGAGCUCAAGAAGGCCCUGGCUGCCUCCGAGGCAAAGGUGCAGCAGCUCAUGAAAGUCAACAGCAGCUUGAGUGAUGAGCUCCGGAGGCUGCAGCGGGAGAUCCACAAGCUGCAGGCCGAGAACUUGCAGAUCCGGCAGCCGCCAGGGCCAGUGCCCACAGCCCCACUCCCCAGCGAACGAGCGGAGCACGCGCCCAUGGGGCCUGGCGGGAGCACCCACCGCAGAGACCGCCAGGCCUUCUCCAUGUAUGAACCGGGCUCUGCCCUGAAGCCCUUUGGAGGCCCUCCUGGGGAUGAACUCACCACCCGGCUCCAGCCUUUCCACAGCACCGAGCUGGAGGAUGACGCCAUCUAUUCAGUGCACGUCCCUGCUGGCCUUUACCGGGUCCGUAAGGGGGUGUCGGCCUCAGCUGUGCCCUUCACUCCCUCCUCCCCACUGCUGUCGUGCUCCCAGGAAGGAAGCCGCCACUCGAGCAAGCUUUCCCGCCAUGGUAGCGGAGCGGACAGUGACUAUGAGAACACGCAAAGUGGGGACCCGCUGCUGGGCCUGGAAGGGAAGAGGUUUCUAGAGCUGGGCAAGGAAGAGGACUUCCACCCGGAGUUGGAAAGCCUGGAUGGAGACCUCGACCCUGGGCUUCCCAGCACAGAGGAUGUCAUCCUGAAGACGGAGCAGGUCACCAAGAACAUUCAGGAAUUACUGCGGGCUGCCCAGGAAUUCAAGCAUGACAGCUUUGUGCCGUGCUCAGAAAAGAUCCACUUGGCUGUGACUGAGAUGGCCUCUCUCUUCCCAAAGAGGCCAGCCCUGGAGCCAGUGCGCAGCUCCCUGCGGCUGCUCAACGCCAGCGCCUACCGGCUGCAGAGCGAGUGCCGGAAGACGGUGCCCCCAGAGCCCGGCGCCCCUGUGGACUUCCAGCUGCUGACUCAGCAGGUGAUCCAGUGCGCCUACGACAUCGCCAAGGCUGCCAAGCAGCUGGUCACCAUCACCACCCGAGAGAAGAAGCAGUGACCACUCUCCCUGCACCCUCACCCGCACCCUGGGACCUCACUGGCCAUGGGAGCUGGGCCACUCCAGACACUAAUCCCCACCCCAACAGAGCCGCUGGCACAAGUGCCCUUAGUGCUGCCACUCUGACCUGGCAGCCAGGUGCCCUGGUGCCCGUACCCCUCAAGCCCCCAAGGAUGGGGAGGUGAGGUGGCAGGAGCUUCUGUCCCCUACAUUCCAUGCACCUCUCCCUGUACAUAGCAUCCCCUCCCCCUCUAGUGUGCCGGGGCCUACAAGGCGUCACUCCCAGCCCCUUGCCCUCUAGGGCACCCUCAGCAAAGGGUCGGGUGGGGACACUCCAAAUGGGGUGGUUCCCUUACAUGCACCCCACCCCCAUGAGCCAGUCCAGCCCUAUUGGGGGCUGAGCGGGGGCAUCCCCCCUUGUACAUAAUACCUGUGGAUGUCCCCACCCUGUAGCCACCAGCCCCCUGCUGCUCUCCUUCAAUGCCAAACGGCCCCAGCCUAGGGCACAGGCCCCAACCUGUGCUCCUGGGGUCCCCAGCAGCAAACAAACACUGGAAAAGUCUUUUUUCUCUCUCUCCUCUCUCCCACCCCUUAAUUUUAACGUUGUGGUAACUGAGUGUCCCUGCGUGCCUGCGUGUGAGUGUGCGGGGCGGCAGUGCCGUUCCGGAGGCCUGGCCCGACUGGAGUUUUGUGAGGGGGGGAGGGGACCAGAGCAGCGGGACCCGUGUUGGGCGUUGGCCCCUCCCCCCCCAUCCUGGGGCCAGGGACUGCCGGGUAACCAGCUGGGGUCCUGCCCUCUGCCUCCCCUCAUUGUUCCCCCCACUCAUACCCUUUCACUAUGAACGUAAAAGGAAAACCACUUGGCUCCAUCUCUCUUCCCCUCCCUUGUGGAGGGGGACUGUGCUGGUUGGGGCAGAGAACUGAGCACCUGAGCCUGGGGCUGGCUCCCCGGGGUCCCUGACUCAGCUGAGAGCCCCCUCCCUGUAACCUCUGAGAGGCCAGUGCCUGCAGUAUCUGGGUCCCUGGAGCCUGGGCUGCAGCCUGGGAAGGCUGAGAGGCAGAUGGCAGCGCCCACCAGCUCCUCUCCCCGUCCCGCCUCUGUCCCCGGGGGCCAGGCUCUACCUGUGUGGUGGUGGUGGUGGGCUGAGUGUCAAGAUGUGUGUCAUGUACAUUUGUAUCAAAAAUAAAUAAGUG